UGAGGAGUGUUAAGAAAGCCAUAAACCGCCUGUUGCUGUGGAUUAGGAGUCGAGUUGCGCCUUGUGAUCGAAACAUUCGUUUUGUUUUCGUGUUUUCUGUGAAAUUUGGAGUACUAACUAACGGAUAAAAAUGGCUUUGGGAAGUUGUCAUACUUGUAUCAAAUAUUUGAUGUUUGCCUUCAACUUUUUAUUUUGGUUGUUAGGAUGUGCUAUAUUAGGUGUUGGAAUCUGGUUACGUGUGGACCAAGAUGUGGCUCAAUAUGUCAACAAAUCAGACGGUUUCAACAUAUUUUACACCCUGUCUUAUCUUCUGAUAGCUGUCGGUAUUAUCAUUAUGAUCAUCGGGUUCCUCGGAUGCUGUGGAGCUAUUAGAGAGAGCCAGUGUAUGCUGGGAAUGUUUUUCGUUUGUCUGUUUAUAAUCUUUGCUAUUCUACUAGGAGCUGGUAUCUGGGCUGUCGUAGCUAAAGAUAGCUUUAGAGACUGGACUGGUAUGAUGCUGGAUGAUGCUGUCAAGAAUUACUAUAAAGACGAACACUCUAAAAACUUCAUGGAUACCGUACAAAACGGCUUUAAAUGUUGCGGUUCCUACAAAGGAGUUGUUGAUUACGGUUUCGCCACAAUUAUUAACCUAGAUGUUCCAGAAGCAUGUGAUAAAUAUCCUCUCACUGGAUGUAAUGAGAAAUAUUAUGCGUUUAUGGCUGAAUAUUGUAUGAUAGUAGCUGGUAUUGCUAUUGGUAUAGCUGUUAUUCUGAUUUUGGGUAUGAUUUUCUCCAUGGUGUUGUGUUGUGCUAUCAGAGAUGUCAAUGCAUGAAGUAACAGAACUUAGUGUGAAUAAUUUUUGUUUUGUCAUCAACUGCUUAAAGAAAAGAAGAAAUUUUACUACACUUUAAGAAACUGUAAUUUUUUUUUUUUUUUUUUUUUAUAACAAAUAAGAAAUGUGAAUUUGGAAAGAUUUUUUGAUAAAGAAAACUCUAUUUUGUAUCAUUUUUCUAUCGUUUUCAUUGUCAAUUACCAUCCUUAUUGCUUGCUUCAUUUUUCCUACUAAAUUAGACAACUGUUUUCUAUUCUAAAAUCAAUGAUUUCAGACGAAUCAUAAUUUUUUAUUUUGAUUUAUUUCAAUGAUCAAACUCAUGCUGGUAUUUUUUAGGCAAUAAUUUUUUUGAGAUUUAUUUCAAAUUUCUCUAGAACAAAAGUUUUUUAUAAAUUUUAGAUGACAAAUUUAAAUUUUUUCUUGUUUUUUUUAACUUGUUGUGUAUAAUAUAUUUGUAGACUUUCAUGUAGCUUUUGUUUUUUAAACUUUUAUAGCAAAGUGCAGGGCCGCCAUUUCAUAUUAUCGUAAUUUGGCUUCCAAACUUUCAUCUUAGAAUAUCUAAGUGUAAUAGUUGAUAUCUUCAACCUUCAUGUGGGAAUAGACUAGGUUCAGUGUCUGGGGUGGGAUUAUUGAUACAGUAGAAAAUAUAAGAAACAAUUCCAGUCUGUAUUUUGUCAGAAUAUGUACUUAGUGUAUUGACUUCUUCUAUUUCUUACUUUAUGUUAAUCCUAUACCUGACUCUGUGUUUAUUUCAUAUUUAAACAGAGUGAAAACAAUUUACACUGUUAUACCUGUUUGAACUCAAGAGUACAACAAUUGUUAUUAUGAUCAGUCUGAACUAAAUUAUUCUUAGACUAUGAAACUUUAUGAAAUUAGACAACAGUCUUUUAGAAAAAAUACAUAGAAUGUAAUUACCUCCCUUUGUAUUUGGUCCAUAAGAAUAUUUUCUGUAUUAAUAAAAAUGGCAUCAGUGAUAUUUUGUGGUCUGGAUUUUAUCAUCAUGGGGACCUAUUCACUUAAAACUUCACAAAAUAAAAUCCAUAUUUUAGGAAUAUAUAAUCCAAGUGGUUGAUAUCAGAGCCUAUAUAAAGUUUUUAUAGGCUCUGUUGAUAUUUAGUGAUAGUUUUAUCCCAACUAAUCAGAUGAAGAUCAUUUCAGUGAAUCGGAAGCUAUUUUAUUAUAAAAUGACAACCAAUGUUAUAUAUAAUAUUUAAUACCUACCUGUAUCAUUGCUAAUAUUUAGAUGUGUAUUUUUUAUCUUCAAAUAUCCUGUAAAUUUAUAGUCAGUCAAAAAAAUGUUGCUCACUGGGGAAUAUUUUAAGGAUAACUCUUUAUUCUCUAGAAUUUAUCUUGUAAAAAAAACAGGUGUAAGAAAUACAGUAAUCUGAUUGGAUAACAAAACUAAUGUUCCCAAAUGUACAGCGUUAUCUUUGACCAACUAUAUAAUCAACCAUUCACGCAAAAAUUACAAAGUCUGUUAUGCUAUGUAUUAUGUAUUUUAGUUAUUUUUGAAGGGAAUGGUUGAAAAUCUGCAGAUAUUUUAACAAUAUUUUUAACGAAAGUUUGUAGAAUGCAUUUUCUGUUUUUUCUACAAAAUGCCAUAAAACUGUUGACUGUAUUGAUAUGUAAGUUUCUCUGAAAUAGAGCCAAAUCUGCCAAAUAUAUGAAGGAUGAGAACUUCAUAAGUGGCAUAGUUCGAUAUUUUUACAGAAUUAGGCUGCCAUAAAGUGAGUUUUAGACAAAUGAAACAUAAUGCAUUUAAAAAAAGCACCAUUUCUGACAAAAUGCCUGAAUUAUAUGAUUGAAUUGAUGGUUAUGAUUUUGUAGUUUUGGCAGGUUUGUCCUCUAAUUCAGAGUUAUUAAAAUAAAGACAGUUAUCUUGUGACUUGUUUAAUGUAAUGCUCAGUAUAUUUAUAUAGAUAACUAUGGUAACCUAUAUUUCUUAACUUUUUCAUCUAGUUAGUGUCCAGGUUUCAAUUGUCAAACUUGAAGAAAAAUACUCAGUUUUGAUUGGAUGUUUGGAUUGUAGUAACCAAGUUCAAGAUUUCUGGAGCAUGCCUUAGUUUCAGUUGCUCAAUAAGAGCUAAAAAUGUUGGAUGUAAAAAAAUUCAUAUGGAGUAUGCAUCACAAACUAAUCUUAGAUUGAUAUGGCAGGAGAGAAAUGCAGACUAUCUAUUGGUUAGUUACAACUGAUCAACCAAUGACAGUAGAGUAUUUCUAUUCUAGUUUGUUUGUAUGAAAUCUGGAUCUGACAACCUGGUGUAUUUUCGUAUUCAUAUUGUAUAUAUAUUUCUAUUAAUACAAAAUGUAGUCAAGUUUUUUUUAUAAACGUAGAAAGUUUA